AUGAUAAUCAACAAAAUUUCUUCUAAUUUCCAUAUCAAAACCUUCACAAGUUAUCUUCCCCGAAUUGGGUUUUUACUUUCCUAGUUUCACUUCCACAUUGGAACGAUUAACACCGCAUGACAAAUCUAACUGGUAAAAGAGAUGAGAAAUACAAAAAACAACUCAGUACUUGAGGUUGAGGAUAAAAGCACGGAAAUGACGGAGAUCGGAGUAGAAGAAACAGGAGAGAUAAUCCAAAGUGUGGCUGAUUCUGCUGGUAGAAGGGGUGGUAUGAACAAAUAUGUGUUGGGAACUUCUCUCUUGGCGUCAACCAAUUCACUUCUGUUAGGUUAUGAUAUUGGUGUGAUGAGCGGAGCUGUACUUUUUAUCAAGGACUAUUUCAAGUUAACAAAUGUCCAAGUAGAAAUCAUGGUAGGAUCACUCAAUGUAUGUUCGAUAAUUGGGUCAAUAUUAUCCGGUAAAACUUCUGAUUGGAUUGGUAGGCGAUACACAAUUGUUCUUGCAGCCUUAACUUUCUUGAUAGGAGCUCUUCUCAUGGGCCUUGCACCUUCAUACCCUUUCUUGUUAGCUGGGAGAGUUGUAGCUGGAAUUGGUGUAGGUUAUUCUCUAAUGGUGUCAACUGUUUAUACUGCUGAACUUUCACCUGCUGCAACUCGUGGAUUUCUGUCUUCACUUCCUGAAGUCUUCAUUACUGUAGGGAUUUUAGUUGGUUACAUAUCUAAUUAUGCUCUCUCAGGAAUACCACCCAAAAUUAAUUGGAGAAUUAUGCUUGGAAUCGCAGUUUUUCCUGCAUUUGCGAUUGGAGUUGGUGUUUUAACAAUGCCCGAGUCACCUCGCUGGUUAGUAAUGAAAGGACGAAUCGACGAAGCAAGACAGGUUCUUCGAAGAACUUCUAGUGGAGAAGAAGAAGCUGAAUUUCGAUUACAAGAAAUAAGUAAAGAUAUUUCAGGUGGUUCAGGUUCUGGUUCUAGCAAUUGGAAAGGUCAAGGUGCUUGGAGAGAAUUACUCUGCAAACCGUCUCGGCCUAUUCGAAGAAUUCUCGUUGCUGCGAUCGGUAUAAACUUUUUCAUGCAAGCAUCCGGUAACGACGCAGUGAUUUAUUACACCCCACAGGUAUUCAAAGCAGCUGGAAUUAAGAAAAAGAAACAAUUGGUUGGAGUUACAGUAAUCAUGGGAAUUGCAAAAUCAAGUUUUGUAUUGAUUUCAGCAGCAUUUUUAGAUAGGUUUGGGAGAAGGCCAUUGUUGCUGUUGGGAACUGUAGGAAUGACCCUUUCAUUAGCUGGUCUAGGUGUGGGAUCUAUGUAUUUAGCUGGUGCUACUACUAAGCCAGUAUGGGCCAUAGCAUUAUGCGUAGUUGCAGUUUGUGCCGAUGUUUCGUUCUUUUCAAUUGGACUUGGCCCUAUAACUUGGGUUUAUUCAUCUGAGAUAUUUCCUAACAGAUUACGAGCUCAAGGUACCAGUAUUGCGGUGUCGGUGAACAGGUUGGUGAGUGGUGCAGUUUCAAUGAGUUUUCUUUCAAUUUCGGAUCGAAUUUCUUUUGCCGGCACAUUUUUCAUCCUUUCGGGUAUUACAGCUUUAGGUACUUUUUUCUUUUAUCUGUAUUUGCCUGAAACAAAGGGGAAGAAUUUGGAGGAUAUUGGGGCACUAUUUGAAGAUAAAAAGGAAACCACUGCCAGUAGGGAUGUAAGGGAAAGAUAGAUUGGAAUGUCUUCUGUAAGGUACUUAAUCAAACACCUUUAGGAAAAAGAAAAAUUCUAUACUUGUAUUGAAACGAUCAAAUAGAAGUUUUGAUGAUUGUUAUCUACACUCCUUUUGUUGGUUGUUUCAGUUUAAUGAAUUUCUUCUUACAGAGUUGACUUAUUUA